CGUGUUGGUUUUUUUGUUUCUUUUUUCUGCAUUUCUUGGCCGCCCUCAAGUCUCUCUUCUUUGACUUCAGCACAAGCUCUAUAUGGAAUACGAGUCGUACGAUAGCAGCGGGACAGAUGAUGAUCUUCCUCCAUCUCAUCAAAAUAGGAUUCAUAGAGGUGGCCGGAUUGCUAAUACUGAUAUGGAGGCUCAAAUUCACCAGCUUGAGCAAGAAGCAUACAGUUCAGUUCUAAGAGCCUUUAAAGCUCAGGCUGAUGCGAUUACUUGGGAGAAGGAAAGUUUGAUAACUGAACUUAGAAAAGAGUUGCGGUUGUCAAAUGAAGAACAUAGGGAACUUCUUAGCAGAGUAAAUUCUGAUGAUGUCAUCCGAAGAAUAAGGGAGUGGAGACCAUCCGGUGGGCAUCGACCAGGAAUACUUAGUACAGGCCCUCAAGGAGCACCGUUUGAUCCAUUAAUUGGGAGGAAAGUAAGGACCAGAUGGCCUGAUGACAAUAAUUUCUAUGAGGCCAUCAUAACCGAUUAUAAUUCAGCUGCUGGACACCAUGCUCUUGUUUAUGACAUUGGCACUGCAAAUGAGACCUGGGAAUGGGUAAACCUUUCAGAGAUUUCUCCUAAAGAUAUACAAUGGGACGGUGGACCGGGAGGCCAUGGUGUUAAUAGAACUAUUGGUCGUGAUAUUGCUCCAUGUGUGGGCAGAGGAAGGGGAUUGACUAAAAAAGCUCAGUCCAGAAAGGAAUUUCUACCAUCAAAUUUCUGCAAUGCCAUGGUGAGUUUAUUAUCAUUUUCCUGGGUUCGUCACCAUCAUCGAUAUGAAUGAGCGUUUCUCCAACUUCCUUUCCUGAUUUGCAUUUUCGAACUUUUGAGAAUAUCGUAUCAUCGAUAUAUUUGAACAAAAUAUCAUUGGCAAUAUUAUCUAAGUUAUUUCGUAUUC